CUCCGUCGGCCCAGGAAAUAGGUACGGGCAGAUUCGAUGAAAUGGAACAUAUCUCCCUCUUCGAUAAGGUAGAGACACAUUACUGCUGAGGUCCUAUCUACAACGAUCUGGUGUGAUCCUGGACGACCACGGAUUGCAGCUACUGCAUCUCAGCGACCAAUAACGCAUCAGCCAACUCAGGUAGCCUAGUGAGGAGAACCCAGCAUGACAUCCAAUGCUCAAUCGCAAGGCUCUUGGGUUCAGGCUGCAGUACAUAAGGCCCUGGUACCUAAACCUUUUAAAACACCGCAGCCAUCAAAGCCAGAAGGCUGCCAUACUUUCUCUUGACAAAACCAUUGUAGAUGACUGAAGCCCGCCAUUGAACCACUAUGGGGUCGUCCAGCGUAGCUGAAGAUUUUCUGCCUCCCCAGGCGCCGUCCAAUGCCACUGUUCGGCGUAUCAAUUAUCUCAAUACAGAUCCGCCUAUCCCUCAGUACAAGGAUUAUAAUGCUGUCGUCAUCGACAACCUCCUGACGGAAGAAGAAUGCAAAGAGUUGCUUCGCAUUGCAGAAGCCUCAACUGUCAAGGAUACUUCUGGCACUCCAACAUGGGAUCGCGCGAUGAUUAACACCGGAGGCGGGGGCCAGAUACUUGCUACAGUCCACCGCAAGUGUGGGAGAAUCCUUGCCGAUACCCCUGAGUUGGCGGACAAGCUGCUCGCUCGCCUGAUGCCAUUUCUGAAGGAAGAAGGGGUUGAUCACAUCCGCAAUCAGCCGCUUGUGACUGGUCUUGAAGGAGUAGGCAAAGCAUACAGGCUCUCGCGGCUGAAUGAGAAACUGCGGUUCCUAAAAUACGAGGGUGGCGAAUACUUUCGACCUCAUUGGGAUUCAAACUACAUCACACCGGAUGAGGAGGAGGAGUCGUUUUAUACUCUGCAUCUGUAUCUGAGCGGCGAUGGAGAGCAGGACCUGGAAGAGUUGAAGCACGUGAGUAAGAAGGCGGAGACAGAUCCUGAGGGCAGCGUCAAUAUGGAUCCCGAGGGCAAGCUCCUGGGAGGAGCAACAUCCUUCAGUGCAAGUUAUGGGGAGGGAGAUGGUAUAGUUCGAGUGUUUCCUAAGACAGGGUCAGCAUUGGUCUUUCAGCAGUACCACUUGCUUCAUGCUGGGGACCCAGUAUUUCGAGGGGUCAAAUAUACCUUGAGAACCGAUAUGAUGUAUCGCGAGGUAGCGAUGACUUGAAAUUAUUCAUCUUUAGGCACAGUUACCACAACUUUCAGGCAGUUUGACCAUAACUUGCUUUAUGCGAACUAUAUAUUAUUGACCCGGACGACAU